AUGCGUUACCGAGCGGUCAGAUUCUGGUGCCGUGAUUAGUGCCAUAACAAACCGAACAGUUUGCAUACUCUACACUCCGCCACUGGGCACCGGUUUAGCAGCUCCUCCGCCUCGUGCUCCGCCAGCUUGUUUUCCAAUACCCAUAUUCAAAUUAGCGAUACGUCGUAGCCCGUUAUCAAGGGGGCUGCCAGAGUAUUAUAGUGAAAGCCUUCUGAUCCCUGAUCACUUUCUUGAUCACCUCCUUGAGUUGUUUUGAGGAUGCUGCCUUUUAGCAGGAAAAGUCUGCUCUUCAUCUUGAUUACCGUCUCUGCCAUUGUGAGCUCCGUUUGGGGUGACUUAAAAGUGGGUGAAGCCUGCAAUGUGACCAGUAGUUUACUUGGAAUCUGCCGCACUAGCAAUGACUGCGAGCCUAUGAUCGAUGGCUACAUCAAGUCGGGCGCUUUGAGAAUCGAGGAUGUGCCUAGCUGUGGCCUCACCUCCAGGGAAGAGAUCAUCUGCUGCCCCACCAGACCCUGUUGUGCCACUGGAGCACCCACCAUAGCCAGCAGCACCACCACUACCCCUUUGACAGCUACGAAAAGAACGAGUUCUCGUGUGGAUGUGCCCGAUGAGGACCGCCCAGCUGUGGCUGCCUGCAAAAAGAUGCAGGAGGAGUACCGCUUGAGAAAAACAGGCCACAACCGCCUGGUCAUCCAUAUUGUGGACGGCGUGCCCGUGGGUUCCGGCGUGUAUCCCCAUAUGGCGGCCAUUGCCUAUGUGACCUUUGAUCAUUUUGAGUUCCGCUGCGGUGGUUCACUUAUCUCCAAGCGCUUUGUCCUUACCGCCGCCCACUGUGUGUACACGGACAGCCUUAUGCCGGCCUUUGUGCGCCUGGGAACGAUAAAUGUAGAAGUGCCGGACAAGGACUAUGUGGAUGUCAAUGUGCGAAAUGUCACCAUUCAUCCAAACUAUGUGGGCAACAUCAAGUACAAUGAUGUGGCCGUCUUGGAGCUGGCCAACGAGGUCAUCGAGAACGACAACAUACGUCCCGCCUGUCUGCACACGGAUCCCAGGGAUCCGCCUUUGGACUCCAAGUUAUUUGUUGCCGGCUGGGGUGUACUCAAUGUGACCACCCGCGCUCUAUCCAAGAUCCUCUUGCGAGCUGCCCUGGAGCUGGUGCCUCUGGCCCAGUGCAAUGAAUCCUAUUCGGAGCAGCCAGGUGCUGUUCGGAAUCUCAAGGAGGGUGUCAUUGGUUCACUGAUGUGUGCGGCGGACAAGAAGCAGCAGGCGGAUGCCUGCAAGGGUGACUCCGGGGGUCCACUCAUUCGCGAGGAGAACAUCGAGGAAGGAAUCUACACCAUUGUGGGUAUAAUCAACUCGGGCUUUGGAUGUGCCACCAAGACGCCGGGUCUCUACACGCGCGUGGCCUCCUUCCUGGACUUUAUCGAACGGAUCGUCUGGCCGGAUAACCAGCUUCUGUAAUGGAGCUGGUCAGGCGGUUAGGGUUCAAGGACCUUAGUUCAUCACCAAAAACAAUUGGCAUCCACAAAUCUGUGAUUUCUCACCUAUCAAUCGGUCAAAUUGAAAUAAAACUCGUUGCGUUAAGUUAA